AUGUACUAUGAUGUUAAAUCAUCAUUAUUAUACAUUUUAGAAUCUGAGGAAUUGAAAAAAUCAGACUUCAUCAGUCCAUCGUACAGUAGCUUAUCUACACAUGUAAAUUCAAGCAAUAUAAAACUGCCACCUAUCGCUACUCCAAAAUUUAGUGGGGAUUGGCAACAAUGGACGUCAUUCAUUGAUUCGUUUAAUGCAAUGUUCCACAACAAUCAAAGUUUAGCUCCAGUUCAACGUUUUCAUUAUCUCAAGUCUUGUUUAGAAGGGCAGGCCAGUGAUGUUGUCAUACCGACAACAAACGAAAAUUAUCAACAGGCCUAUGAUGCGUUAACAUCACGUUAUGAAAAUAAAGGUGCAAUAAUACAAUCUCACAUAAGGGCUCUAUUUGAUACUCCAAAUCUUUCAAUAGCAUCAGCAACUGAGUUGCAAGCACUCCACCAUCACAUUACAUCUAACAUUAAUGCAUUGCAGGCAUUAGGACAACCAAUUGAAAGCUGGGAUGCUUGGCUGGUGACUUUAAUUUGCAAUCGCAUGGAUAGUGCAACUGUAGGAGAAUGGCAUCUUCAAUACAAAAAGAAGGAUCUACCUGAGUACGAAGAAAUAAAAACAUUUUUAUUUAAUCGGAUUGCUGCUUAUGAGGCAGGAGAGGUCAAUAAUGGUGUUACAAGCAUAAAAAAGUCUAUGGUCAAGUCCAGUUUUAAGUUGCAAGAAAAAAAGGUAUUUUUCACUAAACCAUCAGAUAAAUCGACUAUGUUACAUAAGUGUCCUUUCUGCAGUGAAACCUAUAAAUUGUAUUUGUGUAAAGGAUUUAAUGAGUUGACAUUUGUAGAUCGGCGUGAAUUUGUGUUAAAAAAUCGAUUAUGCUUCAAUUGUCUUUAUGUCAAUCAUCAAGAACGUGCUUGCAGAUUCCCAUGUUGUCCAAAAUGUGGUCAACGCCAUAACUCAAAAUUGCACUUAGACCAAAGUUUUGAAAAUGAUAACAAAUCCACUAGUGAGGUUGAGCCUAUUGCAAACACAAGCAGUGCUCUGUGUGCCACUAAAGGUAUAGCACAAGCAAUGCAUGUAUCAGGAGACAUGAUUAUGUUGGCUACAGCCAUUGUGUACAUUAAGGACGAAGUCGGAAAUCUUCAGCCCAGUAGAGCCUUAUUGGACUCUAGGUUGUAA